UAUUUCACACCCUUUAAACUGACUUUAAAUUCAUUAUGCAUAAUGCAUAAUGUACAAUAUCAAUAAAUUAAAGAAAAAAGCAAACAUGUAUAAGGAUUAUCUUUCGAGCUAACCUAUUAAUCUACGCCAUGUCAAAACCCUGUAAGAAAAUAAAAAACCCAUGCAAAAUAUGUCUGGGACCAGUAACCCGAAAGAAUGGUUUACAAUGCCAGGGCUUUUGUCAGUGUUGGGUUCACUACGCCUGCCUCAACUACACUCCCGGUAAGAUUAAGGACAUCAAAGCUGGUAUCAUUCACGUAAACUGUCCUUGUCCAGAUUGCAACAGCUCGCUCCCAAAAGAAUACCGCUCGGAUGAGCCAUACAGUUGCACAAACUUGCAGUGUCCUGCUAAUAUUGCACCAAAAUGUGACAACACUGGCUGUCCAAUUAAUAAACAACAAGGUCAAAAAGGAGCAAAUAUGAGAAAUACAGGGGCCGGGUCGGCUUGUCCGUUAGGCCAAUGCGGUAAAGAAUGUAAGGAAAAUACCAAGGGUUCUAACCAACCAGGUAGAGAAAAGGCUGGUAAUUCAUGCGGUCCGUCGUGCAAAGAAAAUAGUGUACCAUUGAGAGCAGGUGCAAUUUUACCACAUAAGAUGCCACCCAGACCGGAGAGCCCCCCAUCCUGCCCUUCAGGAUGCUCGUUACCACCUGGAGAUUUAGGUCAAUCGUCAGACCCAAUGCCGGCGUUAGAACAAAUGUGUAAUACAGUAGGUCAGUUGACGAAUCAAAUAAACGAUCUCAUGCAGCAAAUGAAGAAUGUUGUACAAGGUAAUAAUAGCGGUGGAGGUCCUGGAAGAGAUCCUAAAGAAAGUUUUCCAAAGACCUGCUACUGUCCUGGCAACCCUGGAAAAAAACGAUAAAACAUAAUCUUGUUCUGAUUGUUAAGUUUAUAACUGGAUAUAGGUAAAUUAUAAAUGUAUAACUGGAAAAAUAAUUAUAAGAAUCUAACACCAUUAGGUUACGUUUUAAAUUGCAUUGUGAUUGUCGAACACUUUUUAUAAAUAUAUAUUGUUCAUAGAA